AUGCCUGUUGGACCGCCUCGUCUGGACAAAUACAACAGGAUUCUCUCACGUCUUUUUGAGAAUCUUGCACUGUUCCAUAUACUCAAAGGCAUUGAUGGCCCUCACAUGGUCACCGCCCAUGCUCCAACUGACGUUCGAGGUAUCAGACGCAGGUUCCUCAAAAACUUAUGUUUCAUCUGCGAUUAUCGAAAGGGCGGAGACACUACUACUUCAAUUGCUCUAGAAUCUCAGGCAAACGAGAUUAUUCUCUGGGUUGCAGCGAACUUCACGCCACACAAUAAAGUCAUUCUGUUCCUGAACGACAUUCUUCAACAGCUCCAAAGGGACCCGAGCGGGACCGAGGAAGAACGAGAAAGACUGAAACAAAAGUUGACAAAGAAAUGCAUUGACUUUGCCGCCCCAAGGCUGAAGAAAGAGUGCAAGCUGUUAUGGCGGGCUACUAGGUACUGCGAAAGGUAUCUGCAAGAAAAUGCCACAGCUGUCCAAGGAGCUGACACUCUAGCCCUUUGUCAAACUGCUUACGAUUCUCGACACGAUCUUCAGAUGUCGAGCCUUGAGUCUCUGAGUAGAGAGCUUGAUGUUGCACCUCGAGAAACUGCAAUGAACAUCAAGGCAGUCAGACAUUUGAUAGGUCGUUUGGCCGAAAGAAUCCGCCUGCCAGGACUCCUGGUAGAAGAUUUUCUCAAGUUAGGGCCAUUAUUCACCUCCUAUCAGAUCAAGAAAGUUCAGGCCCCUACCCCAGCAAUUGUUCCACCAGCGGAUGGGCUCAGAAACCUAAACUCGAUAUUGAAAAGAAUACUACGGCCUGGGGAUCACCGCCUCAAGGAUAUGCAAAGCUAUCUCGCUCUUUUAGAUGGGCCACUACAAUUGGAAGAGACAAUUAGAUCCAUGUACGACGAGGAUAACGGCCAAGUACGUGUGCACUCCGAAAUUCAGGUACUAGAAGAAUUCCAUCGGAACCAACGCAGCUUCGUCGGUGGAGAUCGCUACAUAGCAUGCAGCAAGCUUGCGUGUCUAUGCUGCAAAUUCUACUUUAGACACCACCCUGGAAGGUUCGAGGAGCCCGAGUCUCAUCAGAAAGCGUACCUGAACUGGAGACCUAUUGAGUUGCCAGGCGGAUGGAAGAAUGGGCACUGGCUGGAUCAGCGUAAAGCCUUGGCAAUGCUCAGUAGUGAGCUGGGUACAGCAGUUGAACAGCAGAUCGAAACCCAGCAAGGGCCUUCCCCAUGGCAGCCGGACUCUGUAACGAAUAUCACCGAGACUAUGAGCACUACAAGCCUCGGCGAGGUUGAAAAUGACGAAGUCUUGGGAAUCGGUGAUGGAUGGAGUGAUGAUUCUGCCUCAUUGGCACACAUAAAUGAAGAUGAGUUCAGCGAUGAAAGUGAGGAUAGUGAUAACGACUCGGACGGAGGUGUAGGAUUGGAUGCUUGA